CGGGCUGCGCGGCGGCCGGCGGUUGUCGGCGGGGCAGUCCGGCGGGCAGCGGCGGCGGUGGUUCCGGCUGCGGCGCAGCGGCGGACGAGCGGACGGGCCGAGCCGAGCGGGCCGGGCGCGAUGCGGGACCGCCGCCGCAUCCGCCGCCUUCCGAGGAUCUGAGCGCCGCUGGGCCGCGCCCCCCCGCCCAGGCCGCCGCGGUCCGAGCGUUCCGAGCGUGCCGCCCCUCCCCCGUCCCGCCGGCUGCCCGGCGCUCAUGCGGGCCGAGCCCCGCCCCCGCCCAGCCCGCCCGCCCGCGCCCGCCGCGCGCCCGCCCGCACCAUGCUCAAGUGCAUCCCGCUGUGGCGCUGCAACCGGCACGUGGAGUCGGUGGACAAGCGGCACUGUUCGCUGCAGGCCGUGCCCGAGGAGAUCUAUCGCUACAGCCGCAGCCUGGAGGAGCUGCUUCUCGACGCGAACCAGCUGCGCGAGUUGCCCAAGCCUUUUUUUCGGCUGCUGAACCUGCGCAAGCUGGGCCUGAGUGACAACGAGAUCCAGCGGUUGCCCCCUGAGGUGGCCAACUUCAUGCAGCUGGUGGAGCUGGACGUGUCCAGGAACGACAUCCCUGAGAUCCCUGAGAGCAUCAAGUUCUGCAAGGCCUUGGAGAUCGCGGACUUCAGUGGGAACCCCUUGUCCAGGCUCCCUGAAGGCUUCACUCAGCUGCGCAGCCUGGCUCACCUGGCCCUGAAUGAUGUCUCCCUGCAGGCGCUGCCUGGGGAUGUGGGCAAUCUCGCCAACCUGGUGACCUUGGAGCUGCGGGAGAACCUGCUCAAGUCCCUGCCUGCGUCCCUGUCCUUUCUGGUCAAGCUGGAACAGCUGGAUCUGGGAGGCAAUGAUCUGGAAGUGUUGCCUGACACCCUGGGGGCUCUGCCUAACCUGCGAGAGCUGUGGCUGGACCGGAACCAGCUGUCAGCACUGCCCCCGGAGCUGGGGAACUUGCGCCGCCUGGUGUGCCUGGAUGUGUCGGAGAAUCGGCUGGAGGAGCUGCCUGCGGAGCUCGGCGGGCUGGUGCUGCUCACUGACCUGCUGCUCUCCCAGAACUUGCUGCAACGGCUUCCUGACGGCAUUGGUCAGCUGAAGCAGCUGUCCAUCCUGAAGGUGGACCAGAACCGCUUGUGCGAGGUGACCGAGGCCAUUGGGGACUGCGAGAACCUGUCUGAACUGAUCCUUACGGAGAACCUGCUGACGGCCCUGCCACACUCCCUGGGGAAACUGACCAAGCUGACCAACCUCAACGUGGACCGGAACCACCUGGAGGUGCUGCCACCCGAGAUCGGAGGCUGCGUGGCGCUCAGUGUCCUCUCUCUGAGGGACAACCGCCUGGCUGUCCUGCCGCCCGAGCUUGCCCACACGGCCGAGCUGCACGUGCUGGACGUGGCCGGGAACCGGCUGCAGAGUCUGCCGUUCGCACUCACCCACCUCAACCUGAAGGCCCUGUGGCUGGCUGAGAACCAGGCCCAGCCUAUGCUCCGGUUCCAGACUGAGGACGACGCCCAGACCGGCGAGAAGGUGCUCACCUGCUACCUCCUGCCGCAGCAGCCCCCACCCAGCCUCGAGGAUCUGGGGCAGCGAAGCAGCCCUUCGGAGAGCUGGAGUGAUGCCCCACUCAGCCGUGUCAGCGUCAUCCAAUUUUUGGAGGCCCCUUCGGGCGACGAGGAUGCCGAGGAGGCUGCUGCUGAGAAGCGGGGCCUGCAGCGUCGGGCCACGCCUCACCCCAGCGAGCUCAAGGUGAUGAAGAAGGGUGUUGAAGAGCGUCGGAGUGAAGCGUGCUCCUGUGGGCCAGAUCCGGGACCACCCUUGUCCUCAGAAGAGGAGAAGAGACUGAGUGCCAUGUCUGGCCUGAGCGAGGAUUCACACCUGUCCACCAGCACGGCCUCCCAGGGCGAGCCGGAGGGCCCGCUGGCUGAGGCAGAGGGCCUGAGCCAGCAGGAAGCCGUGUCAGCUGCCCAGGAGGAAGCUGCAGAGGAGUCCUAUGAGGAGCCCACAGUGCGCUUUGCAGAGGACACGCUGUUGCUGCCAGGGGAAGACGGCGAGAGUGAGGAAGGGCAGUUGGAGGCCCCCUGGUCUCUGCCUGGUGGGAGACAGCGGCUCAUCCGAAAGGACACACCUCACUACAAAAAGCACUUCAAGAUCUCUAAGCUGCCCCAGCCCGAGGCCGUCGUGGCCCUGCUGCAGGGGACGCAGCCGGACAGUGAAGUGGUGGGGCCUGGGGGCUGGCACAACGGCCCCCACUUGCCCUGGGCUCCUCGGGCAGAGGUGGAGGAGGCUGAGGAGGAGGAGGCCGAAGAGGAGGAGGAGGAGGAGGAGGAGGUGGUAGCGGUAGCAGCCGAGGCCGAGGAAGAAAAAGAAGAGGCUGUGGCGUCCGUGCCGUCCGUUAAGGGGGUGUCGUUUGACCAGGCCAAUAACCUGCUGAUAGAGCCCGCUCGCAUUGAGGAGGAAGAGCUGACGCUCACCAUCGUGCGGCAGACAGGGGGCCUGGGCAUCAGCAUUGCAGGCGGCAAGGGCUCCACCCCCUACAAGGGGGACGAUGAGGGCAUAUUCAUCUCGCGGGUGUCCGAGGAGGGCCCCGCAGCCCGGGCAGGAGUCCGCGUGGGCGACAAGCUCCUCGAGGUGAAUGGCGUGGCCUUGCAGAGCGCCGAGCACCACCAGGCUGUGGAGGCGCUGCGGGGGGCGGGGGCCACUGUGCAGAUGCGGCUGUGGCGAGAGCGCAUGGUGGAGCCUGAGAAUGCGGUCACUGUCACACCUCUGCGGCCUGAGGACGACUACAGCCCCCGAGAGUGGCGGGGAGGUGGCCUGCGCCUGCCCCUGCUCCAGCCCGAGAGCCCUGGGCCCCUCCGCCAGCGCCACGUGGCCUGCCUCGUGCGCAGCGAGAAGGGGCUGGGCUUCAGCAUCGCAGGCGGGAAAGGCUCCACACCCUACCGGGCUGGAGACACGGGCAUCUUCAUCUCCCGCAUUGCUGAGGGUGGUGCUGCCCACCGGGCGGGCACCCUGCAAGUCGGCGACCGUGUCCUCUCGAUCAAUGGGGUGGACAUGACUGAGGCCAGACACGACCACGCCGUCUCCCUGCUGACCGCCGCCUCCCCAACCAUUGCCCUGCUGUUGGAGCGGGAGGCUGGAGGGCCCCUUCCCCCCCGUCCCCCCCCCCCCCCCCCCCCCCCCCCCAUUGCUGCCACCACCACNNNUGCCACCCCUGGGGAGCCCGGGCCACUGAGGCUGGCCCCCAGCCUACUGACCGCUGCUCUGGAGGGGCCAUACCCAGUGGAGGAGAUCUGCUUGCCAAGAGCUGGAGGCCCACUGGGGCUUAGCAUCGUCGGAGGCUCUGACCACUCCAGCCACCCGUUUGGUGUCCAGGAGCCUGGCGUGUUCAUCUCCAAGGUGCUCCCCCGGGGCCUGGCUGCACGCAGUGGCCUGCGGGUUGGUGACCGCAUCCUGGCGGUGAACGGGCAGGACGUGCGGGAGGCCACACACCAGGAAGCGGUCAGUGCCCUCCUCCGGCCUUGCCUGGAGCUGGUCCUACUUGUGCGGAGGGACCCGCCGCCCCCAGGCAUGCGAGAACUCUGCAUCCAGAAGGCCCCUGGGGAGAAGCUGGGGAUCAGCAUCCGUGGGGGUGCCAAGGGCCACGCUGGGAACCCCUGCGAUCCCACGGAUGAGGGCAUCUUUAUCUCCAAGGUGAGCCCCAUGGGAGCAGCAGGGCGCGAUGGCCGGCUGCGAGUGGGGCUGCGGCUGCUGGAGGUGAACCAGCAGAGCCUGCUGGGCCUGACUCACGGCGAGGCUGUGCAGCUGCUGCGCAAUGUGGGCGACACCCUCACCGUGCUUGUCUGUGACGGCUUCGACACCAGCACCAACAUGCCCCCUGAGGUGUCCCCGGGCAUCAUUGCCAACCCUUUUGCGGCAGGCAUCGGCCGCCGGAACAGCCUGGAAAGCAUCUCCUCUAUCGACCGGGAGCUGAGCCCCGAGGGCCCUGGCAAGGAGAAGGAGCUGCCUGGACAGACCCUGCACGGGGGGCCAGAGGCCAUGGGUCGGAGCCCAGAGAGCCUGAAGCUGGACUACCGCACGCUGGCUGCCACGCCUGGCCCUGGCAGUGUGCAGAGGGUACCGUCUGGGGCAACUGGAGGGAAGAUGGCCGAGGCUCCCCGCUCCCCUGGCCGCCAGCAGACAAAACCCGGGGUGAUCCAGCCACUGGCUCAGGCCUGGCCAACGGGCUCCCCGGCCCCCAGGGGAGGUGAUCCCCACUGUGUGAGUGCCCUGCCCCGUGGGGGGUGGCCCCCCUCCCCUCCUUCUCCUGACGAGCUGCCCCCCAGCGUGAAGCAGGCCUAUAGGACCUUCGCCGCCGUGCCCGGCCCACACCCGGCCCACGACUGCCCUGCCCAGCCCCCUGCACCUGGGCCAGCCGCCUCCCCAGAGCAGCUGACCUUCCGUGAGCGGCAGAAGUACUUUGAGCUGGAGGUGCGGGUGCCCCAGGCCGAGGGCCCCCCCAAGCGCGUGUCCCUGGUGGGUGCUGACGACCUGAGGAAGAUGCAGGAGGAGGAAGCCCGAAAGCUGCAGCAGAAGAGGGCACAGCUGCUGCAGGAAGCUGCGGACACGGGGCUCACCCUGGAUGGGGAGGCCCCCGACGACGAGGAGCCGGAGGAGGAGCCGCCCUGGGCGGGCUCGGGCCCUGCCGCAGGGCUUGGCCCUGUCUCCUCUGCGCCCCUGGGAGGCAGUGCCCCGGUGCGGACGGCCAAAGCUGAGCGGCGCCAUCAGGAGCGGCUGCGCGUGCAGAGCCCUGAGCUGCCCGUGCCUGAGCGGGCGCUGUCCCCAGCCGAGCGCCGCGCCCUGGAGGCCGAGAAGCGUGCACUGUGGAGGGCGGCCAGGAUGAAGUCCCUGGAGCAGGAUGCCCUCCGCGCACAGAUGGUCCUCAGCAAGUCCCAGGAGGGCCGGAGCAAGCGUGGGCCCCUGGAGCGGCUGGCCGAAUCCCCCUCACCUGCGCCCACUCCAUCGCCCACCCCUUUGGAAGAUCUUGGCCUCCAGACCAGCACCUCCCCCGGCCGCCUGGCCUUGUCUGGGAGGAAGUUUGACUACAGGGUGUUUGCAGCCCUGCCUUCUUCCCGACCUGUCUAUGACAUGCAGUCUCCAGAUUUUGCUGAGGAGCUGCGGUCCUUGGAACCAUCUCCCAGCCCCGGUCUGCAGGAGGAGGACGGAGAGGUGGCCAGGGUGCUUCUCGGCAGGCCCUCCCCAGGCGCUCUGGGCCCCGAGGAGGUGACACUGUGCAGCAGCCGCCGCCCCAUGCGGCCAGGGCGCCGCGGCCUGGGCCCGGUGCCCUCCUAGAGCGCUGGAGCCUCCCCGACUCGGGGCGGGCCCUGCCAGCUCCGCCACCACCCUCGCCCCGAGUCUUUUAACCUGGGUGUUAGCGUUUUAAAGAGACCCCUCAGGAGUCCUGGCCGCUGACUAACUGCCCCUCCCCAGCUGGGACCUCUCGGCAAGACUGUAACUAGUGAUGUUUGUACAACCAAAGACUCUAUUUUGUGGUUUAAGGAGAAUAAAAUUGACUACGUUUUA